GCUGUGAAUACUGCUGCUCGGUGAACAGAUUCUUGGGUGAUUGUUUUCAGAGCCAGGAGAGUUCUUUCGACGCGAAUUGUAGUGUACGACUAUCAAGAGCGUGAUGAUUCUUGGAAGCUGCAAAUGACCUAGCGCUGAAGGAUCCGAUCAAAACACGUUUGAGUGAAGAACAGGCAGGAAGCUAGCUCCAGCAAAACAGGAAAAUUGAUCUAUUAUGGGUGCUGUGUUGCUCGCAACUCUGGAGCAGUUCACCACGAACUUGGGAAAGUUUAUGUUCCUGUGGGCGACUGUGGUUCUCCUGGGGGGAUUCGUGAACGAUCUGAAAACCUUGGACUUCUACUACGUCAUUCUCCUGCUCGUUAGCUAUGGCAUCAGGGGCUUCCGAUUUCUCAACUUGUCCCAAGGCUUAAAGAAACGAAAGGUGAAUUCCCGCCUGAUCCUACUCGUCAUCGCCCUCUUUCCCCUCAUCGCCCUCUUUGGCCCCUUGGGCGGCCCAGUAUUGUUCUUGCAAUGCCGCUGCUUCUCUUGCUGCUGCCUCUCAGAUUUUUGUACAAUGCUCGCUCCGGGCGCUCAUUCGUCAUCGUCUACAACAUGGCCUACAAUACUGAGAUCGUUCUGGCUCUCGUCAGCCUCAGAGCCACGAUCGUCUGGCUACCACAGCACCACAAUUAUCCAAAGUUCAACGAGCUCGUCGCAAUGAUCAGCUUCUCCUCGAUCGUCAUCGCCGAGUCGAGCUUGUUCCUGUGCAUCCACGGCUGCUGGGAGAUCAUAUCAGUGAGGUACAAGAAGGCGAAGAAGAACAGGGACCGACCGAGAUUUCUCCUGGAAACUAAGUCCAAGUUCUUCGUUGCCGUGUACGAGACGACGUUGAGAGAUGGAGCCAUCAAGGGGCUAAGGAUGAACUUGGUCGACUACGUCGCGAACGAGUUCUUGGAAUCGAGAGGCAACCGGGAGCUGAGGAAGAGCUUGCUGAUGCUGGAUGCGGUGUGCCACUGGGAAGAAGAAGAUCAGAGAAAGCAAAGUGGGAAGCUCCUCUUGGCAUCUAAGCGUCAAGUUGUGGAGCGGCUGUUCGAGUGCAUGAGCCACAAGUACUAUCUCAUCUACCGGCGAGCGGCGAUUUCUCUAGCGGCCGAGAUCUGCGAAGAUGAAAACGCCUUCUUAGCUGUGGCACACCUCGUCCAGGCCAGUGGUGAAGGCGUCUCGCUUCUGGUGAAAGCGCUGGAGCCGGAUACCAACAAGUCGGUGCUGGAGCUGCUAGGAAAGGUUGCGGCAUUUGGAGGGAUUGCCAAUGCCGAGCCGGGUGUGAUCGCGAACUUUGAUUUUGCUCGAGGGGAUACGCACAAGGAGUGGAAGGAUUCCCUGCGCUAUACCUUCAAUGGCGAUGGAGAUGAUCCAGCCAGGGUCGAUGUAGAGCCAGAGAUCCAGAUCUCCAGGCAGAAGAUCGCAGCGAAUUUGAGGACGCUACUCAGGAAGAAUCACGACUUGACAAGGUACCUCGCGAAUGCUCUCUUUUGUUCCUCCCAGGAGCUCCAGGAGCUAGCUCUAGACGCUCAUGGUGAUCUUCUCCCUGGCUACAAGAGCGUCAUCUAUGGAUUGUUCCACCUCCUCCGUACCUGCCAAGCUGAUCCACUAGGAAGCAAAGUGGCAGUAGUGCUGGAUCUUCUCUGCUGCAAGAAUCGCCAGUACCUGGAAACGCUACUCGAUGGAAGCGGCAGUAGCAGUGACGAUGUUAUAGCAGUUCUCAUGAGCGCGCUCUCCUUUGGUUUGGAUAAUCACGAUGGCGAGAGGAGCAAGCAUGCAAUGUCGAUUCUGUGCAGCCUCCACGACCAGAAGCUGUUGAGCAUGGAGCAGGAGAAAGCGCUGGACAUCGCAAAGAUCGUGGACAUGGUGACCACUAUGACGAGCUCAAGACCAAGUGACCAUGGCUUGACUGGGGAGAGCUCGACCACCCAACCCAUGGAAGGGAUCGAUCUGGCAUUAGAAGUAGCCGAGCUUUGAGGUUUAGCUGCGCGGCCAUCACAAUCCUCAUCAGCUGUUCCGACGGCAUCACGGAUUCACAAUCAACCAAGGUAGGAUUUGGCAGAUGAUCUCUUGGAGAAGAGCACGCCAGCGCUGCAUUGGCAAGACCCCCCAAAUUCCCCACAGAGGGAAACUAAACAGAUCAGGAUUCCAGAGAUGCCGCAACACAGCAUUUCAUUCUAAAUCUUGCUAAUUCAAAACCAAUAUAUUCCCAAUUGUUUGAAUCUUUGGCACGACUACAACUCCAGUCAAACACACAAGUCUAAGAGAAACGUCAAUGCAGAUUUAGA